AGGACUCAGAGCUGAGGAGACCGAGUCGGAAGGCGCGCUGCUCUCACGGUCUCACCAACCCCAAAACAACUCAAAUCCUGUUUCUUUAAUCCUCUUUCCACACUCCACUCAUCCUCCCGAUCCACUCCUUAUUAAACAAAUGAAUCAAAUGCUUUAUCUAAAGGCACCCAAUUUAACCUUUUCUAUAUAAAUUGUAUUCAUUUCUUCCAUCCCUCCCUCUCCAGGUGUCUCUGCCAUGGCAGCAGUCACUCCGUCUCAAUCUCUGAUACGCUCCUCUCCUCACAACUCUUUGCCUUCUUUGAUUGGUUUUAGGAAAACACGCCUGGGAUUGGAACCCAAGCUCGUCGAAAGAGGCAUCGGAUGGAAGAGUUGCGAGAAAAGAAGAGGGAGGAAGGAGUACGUGACGAAGAAGGCGGCGGAGAGGGGAUGGGUGGUGAGGUGUACGGCGGAGGGGAUGGAGAAGGGAAUGCUGAUGAGAGGGAGAGCUGGGGAGCCUAAAAUUACGGUGCCGGAGAGGUUCAAGGUGGUAACUCUGUUGGCCAUGGUUAUGUGCUUGUGUAACGCUGAUCGGGUCGUCAUGUCGGUUGCUAUUGUUCCUCUCGCUGCCGAGCAUGGUUGGUCCAGUUCUUUCUUGGGUAUUGUUCAGUCCUCAUUUCUAUGGGGAUACGUAUUCUCCUCGGUGAUUGGAGGAGUCCUAGUAGACAGAUACGGAGGAAAGAAAGUGAUGGCAUGCGGUGUGGCGUUGUGGUCUUUGGCUACUCUCCUUACCCCAUGGGCUGCCACCCAUUCCACUCUCAGUCUCUUGGCUGUUCGUGCCUUCUUUGGACUUGCAGAAGGUGUGGCUCUACCUGCUAUGAGCACCCUCGUAUCAAGGUGGUUUCCAAUAAAUGAACGGGCGAGUGCAGUUGGAAUCUCCAUGGCUGGAUUUCAUCUUGGCAAUGUCACAGGCUUACUUGUGACUCCUAUUGUGAUAUCAUCAAUCGGAAUUUCUGGCCCUUUUGUCCUCUUCUCAUCUCUUGGACUGCUCUGGCUGACCAUGUGGGGAUAUGGGGCCACGAGUGAUCCACGAGAGAGCCAUCUGAUUAGCCAGUCAGAGUUGAGGUUAAUCCAAGCAGGCAAAACUGAAUCUUCAGUAAGAAAUGGCAAAUUUCUGCCUCUGCGCCUCCUAUUAUCAAAAUUACCCACAUGGGCAAUUAUUUUUGCUAAUAUUACUAACAAUUGGGGGUACUUUGUUCUUCUUUCAUGGAUGCCUGUUUAUUUCAAAUCUGUAUUUGAUAUUAACUUGAAGCAAGCAGCUUGGUUUAGUGCUGCCCCCUGGGGAAUGAUGGCGAUCUCAGGCUAUAUUGCAGGGGUGGUGUCGGAUUACUUGAUCAAAGUAGGCUACCCUCUAACACUAGUCCGGAAGAUCAUGCAGUCCAUUGGUUUCAUUGGGCCUGGGGUGUCACUGCUCUGCUUGAACCAUGCCAAGACACCAGUAGCUGCAGCCAUGUUCCUGACAGCAGGUCUGAGUUUGAGCUCUUUCAGCCAAGCAGGAUUUCUCCUCAAUAUGCAGGAUAUAGCUCCUCAAUAUGCUGGAUUUCUACAUGGAAUUUCAAAUUCAGCUGGGACAAUAGCAGCAAUAGUAAGCACGAUUGGAACGGGUUAUUUUGUACAAUGGCUUGGAUCUUUUCAGGCAUUCCUAACUGUCACAGCCCUGCUCUAUUUUGCAACAACCAUCUUUUGGAAUGCCUUUGCUACUGGAGAACGGGUCUUCCUUUAGAUUGAAAUGUGAAAUAAUAAUAUCCUUGAGGCAAGGAAGAUCAGUGGUUUAGAAGGGUAAAUUUAUAGGUAGUUUACAAGAGUGACUUGAUCAUGUGCAGUUUAUUCUUUGUUGUGCCAUCUGCCAUGCCAAUGCCGUGUCAUUCUUUUUGUUGUCUAGAUUUUUGCUAUUAGUUGAGUGAGAUGAAAAGUGUAUACACAACUCUGCCCAAAUUAAAAUUUCAUUAAUUUAAUGAAUGAGAUAUUUGUUGAGUCUAUGUUUAA